AUGGCCAACCAGAAGGCAGUGUCACAGGAGAAUGGUGAGGAGGAGCCCUGUGUGACCAACCCGUGUGUACAUGAAGGGCAGUGUCUACCUCAGGGCAAGGGCUACAGCUGUUACUGCCCACAGGGCUUCACAGGGGAGAACUGUGAGAUCGACGUGGAUGACUGCCAGUCCAACCCGUGUCUCAACGGAGGCACCUGCAUCGACAAGAUCGACUCAUUCAUCUGCCUCUGUCUGCCCAGCUACGCAGGAGACACCUGUGAGAAGGAUGUUGAGGGUUGUGAGCAUGGUUGGAGGAAGUUCCAUGGCCACUGCUACAGGUACUUCUCUCACAGACACACCUGGGAGGAUGCAGAGAAGGACUGCAGAGAGCAGAGCGCCCACCUCAGCAGUAUCACCUCAGUCACCGAGCAGGAGUUCAUCAAUGGGCUGGGCCAUGACAACGCCUGGAUCGGCCUGAAUGAUCGCACAGUGGAGGAGGACUUUCAGUGGACUGACACCAAUGACCUGGUGUAUGAGAACUGGAGGGAGAGCCAGCCUGAUAACUUCUUUGCGGGCGGAGAGGACUGUGUGGUGACCAUCGCCCAUGAGGAGGGCAAGUGGAACGACGUGCCCUGCAACUAUAACCUGCCCUACAUCUGCAAAAAAGGCACAGUGCUGUGUGGAACUCCGCCUGCUGUGGAGAAUGCCCAUCUGAUUGGCCGUCGGCGGUCCCAUUAUGACAUCCAUGCAGUGGUGCGUUACCAGUGUGCCGAAGGUUUUUACCAGCGCCACAUCCCCACCGCGCGUUGCCGGGCCGAUGGCACCUGGGACCGGCCCAAGAUCAUCUGCACAAAGUCUCGGCGAUCCCACCGGUACCGCCGCAACCACCGCCACGGCCAGCGGCGGGAGCGUAGGAACCACAGGAGAUACGGAGGAGAGGCCCACAUGGAGAGGGGAGAGGACGCACACAGCCAAUACUGAACCAAAUACUACACCUCCCACAAUGCUCUGCGCCUGACCGCUGACCUAUCCUGGGGCUGUAGGGGAUCAACCCCUCACAAUGGACAAUAGUUGACAUCUGAACGUUCUCUUUUCCUGACCUAUUUCAGUCUGUCUCUUUGGAUUGAAAUCUCACUUGAGAUACUCUAUGUGUACAAAACUUUAACUUUCAUGCAAAUGACCGAUUGACAUCAGUUCAAAAAAAGUUCUGUGUUACACACCCAUAUCUCAUGUUUGGAUUUGUCCUUUUGUUGUUGAUUUUGUUUAACCCAUGUCCAUUACUUACAACAGUAAUAGUCUCUCUCUCGCUAACACGGUCGCUAAUACUGUAACUUAGAAACAGCAAAUCCUUGGCAUGUCUAUGAAUAACCUAUUCUYACUAUCGAAACAUAAAUACAGUAAUGUGUGUUCGUGCGUGUGUAUGUGUGUGAGAGAAAGUGUGUAUCCUAUGCGAGUGUGUUUUUAUAAGUUUGAAGCUUGUUCUACAUCUCAGAACAUCCUAAUGUUUGUGUUCUGUUAAUAAAGCACAGAUGUAAUUAAUAAGUUAGCUAGUUAGCUUUCAGUCCCAAUUAACCCAGAGCUUUUGUCUGUAUCCUGUACUUGUUAUGUUCCCUUAGGUCUCCUGAAUAGUAGGGCUGUUUUAUUAUUCAACUUAUGGGCCAUUUUUUAAUAUUUGCUAACUUUUCAUGUCAUGUCACUAUUUAUUAUGGACUAGUUAAUAUAUGUUGAUUUUUUUUUAUACAUAAUCCAACAAGGCAAUGUAAUACCUGUUUUCUUUUAUGUACCAUUCUCUUACAAUCAAAACGUGUUAACCAAAAAACAAGUUAACCCUUUGAUCGCCUGUACUGUACUGUAAAUACUGUGGUUUUUGUUUGUUUGUUAUUGACUGACACCUGAUUGAUACCUGACCCUUGCCCUUGUGUUUCCCAUCGGCAUCUCAACUAAUAUUCUAAAACAGCCCCAUCGAUCUAAAUGGAAUAAAAUAGGAUAGAUUAAAAUACUACGGACUGAGACAAAACAUUCCCAAGAUAUCUACUCGAUCGUCAAUAGACCCAGUCUUUGCACGGCUCCAAUAUGUGAUGGGUAGGAUGCCAUGAAUCUGGUCCUUGAUUGGUCGUCACCCCUUUUUUGGUGUUGUUAUGAUGUCCUGUCCAGCUGUUGUGUUCCAUUCUUAAUAAAGCUAAAAAACAAACAAAUGAAUGA